CUUCCGCACUCCGCUACUGUCUGUAGCCUGUUAGCCUCUUGGGCAUCCAUCUCUCACAUUUUGGGGAAGAGCACGUUAAUUAUCACGGACAGAAAAACGUGCAGCCUAUGACUCCUGACUACAUUCAGAUUAACUUUUUUUCGUCUGCAUAACGAAAUAAGAAGCUUUAUUCCUUUUAAAGUCAACCAGGAAGCGACGUUAGCGUGAGGAAGCUCACUACAUCAUCAACUGGCUACAUUUUAAACAUCUGUCAGCCUUUAUGUAAACCUGUAACUGACAAAGGAGCUUUCCCCACUUGUUCACAGUAGGAGAAGUCAUGAAGCUGUUCAGAAGUCCCAGUGGAAGGCCCUUCCUGGUGUGGACCCUGGCGGUUCAGCUGGUCCUGUGUGGGAGUUGGGUGUCCGCUGCUGAGGGCAUCAACAGCUGUAAACUGCUCGCUAACUCUUCGUCAGAGUGGACUGUCCUCAAGCGACUAGAGCCACUCGCCAAUAAGAACUUUACAGUAGAAGACGAGAGUUACAGAUAUGUGUUCCAGUUGUGUGGCGAUGCAGGGGGUGUCCCAGGAGCUGGGCUUAUUCAAAUGGACAAAAAGGAAACAGGAAAGAAACAAACUGUGAUUGGCAUGUAUAAUGCAACACAAGCCAUUGGAGGAAGUGACUGGGUGAUGUUGAUCUACGGAAAUGGCGACACAUAUAAAGAUCACUGUAACAAGGAAAAGAGGAGGGCCAUUGUUAUGAUCUCUUGCGACAGGAAGAAAGACAUGGGCAACCUGGAGGUGGUUCUGGAGGACAGGAGUAGGGGGGAGCAAUGUUUCUACUUGUUUGAGCUUGACUCCAGUGCGGUGUGCCCAGCUAUUGAGUCCAAGCUCAGCACUGGCUCCAUACUACUCAUCAUUGGGUUCAGUAUUCUGGGUGUUUACUUAAUUGGAGGUUUCCUCUACCAACGGCUGAUUGUUGGAGCCAAAGGGAUGGAGCAAUUCCCCAAUUAUGCCUUCUGGGUGGAGAUUGGCAACCUGACAGCAGAUGGGUGUGACUUUGUGUGCCGCUCACGGAAUCGAGAGGAAUCCCCAGCUUACAGGGGAGUGGCCCCUGAAACUUUAGCGGAAGAGCCAGAAGAGAGAGAUGACCACUUACUACCUAUGUGACCUCAAUAUGUCAGAACAGAAUGGGACAGAAUUUUUCACUGUGUGACGCAGUUUACUCUUUCACAGGUUAGAUGAAAUUACUGCUAGACACAAGUCUGUUUUGGCUUGCUGGUUUAGGUCAGGACCUCCUCACACAUUUGUGUGUAUAUCAGACUUGUGCCUAGGGUAACUACUGAUGAUCUGCUUGUGUCUUAAGAGGACAUGUUACUCCACGGGGCUGACAGACUUGUCUUCUCUCUAAACCAUGCAUUUCAUUGAUGUCAGACAAAUGAGUAAUUCAUCCAAGAUUGUAAAGUGACAAUAAAGAACAACUCUUCUUCCAUGGAAAUCUGACACAAAAGGCAGAGGUUAAGAAGUUGGAUUUCUACGUGAUCUAAACUUAAUGGCAUACUGUUCAUCUUUUUUGCUUGGCUAAUUAUUGAUGUUGUUUGACAUGUGUGCAGGUUGCAACAAGCUGUUCUUCCUGGGGUCCUGGUUGUGCACUGACAGUUGCAGGUUACUAAACUCACGAGUGCUUUUGCUUGUGUAAUUUGGCUUUAAUCCGUUUGUUUUGUUUUGAACGUAUAGAAUAUGAGAAUGUAAACACUUAAUUUUACUGUGACUAUUCUUACAGCAUUGCUACACAAAUGGAAAUCACUGCAAAAACCAUAGAUGAAUUUCACUUUAAGUUUGCCCCUUGCCUUUUUCCCACAAUGUAGGGAAAAGCUUCUACAUCAAUGCUUAUAUUUCCCAAAAAUGGUUUUACUAAAGUCAGCUUCCUGAGCUUGACAGUUGUAACUUCCCAUACUCCUCUCUUAAAUGUUCGUCACAAAGGUCAACAAAGCUAUUAAAUUCCUAAAUUAAACCUAUCUUACUAAUACUACUGUAAGAGAUUCCUAAAUGAAUUCUACUAUUCAUAAUUUACGAUUUCGAAAAGUAUAGUACAUACAUAGAAUAUGUACUUGUAUUUCUCAUAGAAUAGAAGAACAUUCACUGCAAAAGAAAAAUGUUCAUUUUCACAAAGCUCCUCAAUAAUGAAUAUUAUAGUGGGCAAACUAAUCUCUGCCUACAUGAUAAAAUUGACCCAAACACCAGAUACACUGCUAGGUACACACACCGACCUUACAGUCUGUAGACUCAUGUUUGACCAAAUACUCAGGCUGCUUUGUGCCUGAUAUAUUGCUUCUUUAGCAAGAUACAUAAGAUACGUAGCAAUGAAAGCACUUCUGUAAUUCUCUUGUAUCAAUAUAGCAGUAAAAAUGUUAUAGUUCUGAGGAUAUCAAUAAUGAGGUUUCUAAUAUUUUUACAUAAAUCUAUUCAAAUUAUUCAUGCUGCUAUGGACUAAAGCAGGCUUUUUGAACUUGAUGGGAAAAUUAUGUUAGUAGGUGUCAGUGAAAUUUAAGUUACUAUCAGUGUGAGCACUUGUGUGAGAACUGUUUGUUUUCUGUCAUUUGCCUUUUUGUCUUUAUUAAUGUUGAUAUUUCUUUGCUCAAUUCAGCGAAUUAUACUCUGGUUGAAAUGGUUACACCUGUGGUUGUAUUGAACUGAACAGCCUAUAGAUUGAUGUAAUAGCCUGUUUGGUUCAAGGAUGACUUUAAAUCACACAACUUUUAGUUUGGUUCUGAUUGCAUUAAAAAAUACAAUAUGAAA